UUGUCGUUCAUUUCGCAUUCCGCUCCAAAAGCCUCCUCCUCUGACACAGUCUUUUUGUCCAAUAGUGUCUCUUUCCUCAACCGGGUCUUCGCUUGUACUAUAGCAUUGACUGAGUAAUACUAAGGUCUAAGGCAAACCACAAGAUGGUCAGUUUCAGAAUCGGAGGCUAUAGAAAAUCUAGUCACUAUGAAGACGUUCUUGCACUAAUGGCCUGCUAAAAGUACUAGCUGGUUGAAGUAUUGGAUUAUCUUUGUGACAACUUUUUGACAGCGAACCACUCUAUCAUGAGGCUCCUGCAAGAUAAUUUGUUUGUUUGAAUGUCAAGAGAGAUCAAAUAAUGGUUCAUGGAACUGAUUUAGUUACCUUUGGAGUCUCUGCUGGUUUGGCCUUCGGAAUUUUGAUAGCUUGUCUUGUAUGUUUGGUCAUAAAGUGGUAUAAGAAGCGUGCUCAUCUUAGACAUUGUGCAAAUGAGCGUAGUCAAGCAACUCUUCCAAUACGCACAAAUGGAUUCGAAACAAGCACUGACUUUAGUGCUUCUCUUACGAGCUCCAUAGCUGCUCCAAGUUCAGACAAUUUUCAGAAAGCUUCUCAUUUUUCUUGGUGGAAACGUCCAAAGAAAGAUCAGUUUGCAUCCUCGUCAGGCAUUCUUAGAUACUCAUUCAAAGAAAUUCAGAAGGCAACACAAAAUUUCACAGCUAUGUUGGGACAAGGAUCAUUUGGCACAGUUUAUAAAGCAACAAUGCCUACUGGCGAGGUGGUAGCUGUGAAGGUGCUUAGUACUGAUUCCAAACAAGGGGAAAAAGAAUUCCAAACAGAGGUACUUUUGCUUGGAAGACUUCAUCAUCGGCAUCUCGUAAAUUUGUUAGGAUAUUGUGUAGAUAAAGGGCAACGCAUUUUGAUUUAUGAGUUCAUGAGCAAUGGAAGUCUUGAAAGGCUUAUACAUGGUGAAGAAAAGGUCUUAAGUUGGAAUGAAAGGCUGCAAAUUUCUGUUGAUAUUUCGCAUGGAAUUGAAUACCUUCAUGAAGGAGCAGUCCCGCCCGUCAUACACCGUGAUUUGAAAUCUGCCAAUAUAUUGUUAGAUCACUCAAUGCGAGCUAAGGUGGCUGAUUUUGGGCUCUCAAAGGAGGAAAUCUUUGAUGGGCGAAAUUCUGGCCUGAAAGGUACAUAUGCCUACAUGGACCCAUCAUACAUUUCCACUAACAAGUUCACAAUGAAAAGUGACAUUUACAGUUUCGGUAUCAUCAUUUUCGAGCUCAUCACUGCCAUUCAUCCUCAACAAAAUUUGAUGGAAUACAUUGACCUUGCUGCAAUGGAUCAUGAUGGUGUUGAUGGAAUAAUUGACAAGAAAAUAGUGGGAAAAUGCAACAUUGAAGAAGUGAGGAAGCUUGCCAAGAUUGGACACAAGUGCUUGCACGAAUCACCCAGGAAGCGUCCUUCAAUUGGUGAGGUCUCUCAGGCUAUAUCCAGCAUAAGACAGAGACGCCUUUUGAAAGAAAAGACCAUGUCAUUUGCUAGCUCUAGCUUUUCCAGAGCUUUGAGCCGACUUGAGGAUCAACAGGUUGAGUUAAGCAGGAUAACCACCAUGGCCCACUAGCUAGUAGAUGCUUUAACUGGAUACAAAUAUCGUCGGUUUCAGAUACACAUUCCCUAAAUCAGAUCAUUGUUGAUAACGAUCAAUAUCAAUGCCAUCAAAUAAAAAUCAAUCAAUGAAAUAUAAGAUGUAGCUUUCA